AGACAACUACAAACAAGUCAAAUAAAUUUGUUUUCAAAUUUAGUUUCCAUUUAUUUUUUCUCUCCAAAACACAUUUCAUUUCAAUAAUAACUAAAUAUUUCACCGUAAAACCAAUCUAAAUCUGUACUACUUUGGCGGAAUGUGGAGACAACAAGGAACGGUGAUCAAUAUAAAUUCCGGAGAAUCAUUUCAACGUCAAAUUAUAUCGAAUCUAAAUCCAAAUGCCAAAGAAUUUUAUCCAAAUUAUGUCAGGUCCUGGCGUUCAAGGCCCGAACAAAAAGUCAGCCUGCAGGAGAAAGUUUUUAAAAGUUAUUCUGUCACGUUUUGGCCCGUGGAACAAACGAUUUCCAUUCUUGAGAAACUAAAAGGUUUAAUGUUUUACAAAUUUCAAAUAGAAUCGCAAGCAAACUUUGAGUUUGGGCAACAAAUCGUAACUGAGAGCAAAAAACAUGCACGUAUAAUAAAACCAAAUUCAAAUAUGGGCAACAAAAUUCCAGUAAAUAAAACAAAUGGAGCCAUAAAGAAAAUUCCCGCAAAAUGGGAUCAUUCACAAAAAUCUGGGGUUCCAACACGACUUUCAUCCGCAUCAAGCAUAACAAAACCAAUUUUAAAAAAUAAAUUAUCUACAUCUCCCCUGCAGUCAUCAAGACCCAUGUCUUCUUCGGGAAAUAAUACACCAAAAGAUGCUGCCUCAAUUAAAUCAAAUAGUUCGUCGGACAAAAGUUAUGGUGUUCGUUUCUCAAAAGCUGCCCUCAAUUCUGUAGCUCCAAUAAAUAAAACUUUGGCCCCGACAAAAAAUAAUAAAUCCAAAGAAUCACUGCCAAAAACUCCACGUUCCACUGUGGCCUCCAACUUACGUAAAACGGAAACCCAAAAAGUAAGCUGACCUCGAUUACCCAUCCCAUUCCGCACUAUUGGCUAAAUUUAUGUAUUGUAAAUUGUAGCGUCGAAGUUUGUUUCCCGAUAAUCCUGAGCUAAAUAUUUUCAUGCAUGAUUUUUUAUUUCAUUAACUUUUGUAUGUCUCAAUAAAAUAUCACUUCUCCCGAAAUUG